AUGGCGGCCGCCCCGCCGCGGCGAGCUCCCGGGCGGCGGCUGCUGCUGCUGUCGGCGGCCGCCCUCGGCGGCCCGAGCAACGACAGGGUGCUGGUGGACUUUGUGGACCAAGCAGACCCGAACUGGGCCGAGCUCUCUGGGGAGAUAGACGCGGCUGCCCGGAGCAUCCGAGACCUCGGAUGCAAGGUGCCCUUUGUCAAGUUUGACGCCAGGCAGGACUGGGCUCUGGCAGAGAGGUACGUACCCCAGCGCAAGUUCCCCCAGUUGCUCUGGUUCGUGCACGGGCAGCCGACCAAAUACCAUCACACCCUGCGAAAGAUGAAGAACAUCGUGGACUUCGUGAUGGCUCUGGACCGCGACCCGAUUGAGACUGCGCAGUCCGAGGCGGAUAUCCGCAGAUACGAUCGCGCCAUCUACGCACAGUUACCAAAGUCGUCCCCGCACUUCAAGACCGGACCCUCGAGGUAG